AUGCGCGCCUUACGAUUGUUUGCCAAUGACGACCGUUACAUCGUGGCCAAGCACGCCAGCAUCGUCCCUGCCCCUAAGGACCUGGAGGCGGUCCAGACGCUGGUGUCCGCUGCGGAAGUCGCCCUCCAGAAGGUCUCCCAUUGGCUGGACCGCCUCAACAGCUCUCCCGGGAGCAUCGCCGUCAAGGAGUCAGGCGAUGGCCAGGUGGUCCACUACGCCGUUGACGGCGCAAAGCUGGCGGCGGCGUCGACGCUGCGCGGCGUGUCCCGGGUGGGCCCGCUUUCCAAAGGUUUACUCAUCAAGGGCGACACGGACCUGGAGCUGGUGCUCAUGUGCCAUCGGAAGCCCACCCGACUGCUGCUCUACACCAUCUGUGCCGUCCUGCCCCAAAGGAUGCAGGCACUGAGCGAGGACGAGGUGUACGAGGUGCGCUCGCACGUGGACGAAGCGGCCAUCCUGGUGUGUCGCACCGAAUCUCCCCGAUUCACACUCAAGAUCACCCUCACCUCCUUGGACAUGAGGGGGCCAGAGGGAGGCCUUGACGACGAGGAGACGACACGGAACCGAGAGGACAGCGACGUCCUGGACGGACGCAAGUGCCGAGCGGCGCUGGCUGAGCUCCGGCGAGCCAGCUGGUUUCAGGCCGUGGUGUCGCCCGUGAAAUCUUGCGUGGUGGUAUUGAGGCUCCUCCGAGACAUGUGCAACACGCUGACUGUGUGGCGGCCGCUCAAAGGAUGGCCACUGGAGCUCAUCUGCCAAAAGGCCGUCACCGCUCGCCGUCGCCCCCUGGGGCCGGCCGAGGCCCUGCGGCGCGUCAUGGAGUGCGUCGCCUCUGGGAUCUUACUUCCUGGGGGUCCAGGAAUUCGGGACCCUUGCGAACGUGAGCCGACGGACGCUUUGUGCGCCCUCACCUCCCAGCAAGCCGAUGCCAUUACACGCGCCGCACAGCAUACCUUAAGACUCCUGGCCUUUGGACACAUUUCCUGGGUGUUCAAUAUGGAUCCCCUCCCCAGCAGUAAUCCUUCAUUGCAGCGCUUACAAGAGCGCAAGCAGCCCGGCAGCGCCCCAGUGGGCCUCAACCAGAUCCAGGCGGGACUCCGGGAAAGCGCCUAUCGGGCCAGCGGGAGCUCCAAGAGGAAGGCCAAGAUGCGGCCGGCCCUUAAACGCGGAGCUCCUGGCCCGACUCCGGCGUCCGGCGGUAAAAAUCCCAUCUCGGAGCUCAACGAGAAGCGUUGCGGCCUCAAGUACGAGCUGAUCUCGGAGAGCGGCGCCGCCGGCGGCCGACGACACUUCGUCAUGCAGGUAGAGGUGGACAAGGUGAUGUUCCGGGGGGCGGGGCCUAAGAAGAAAGUGGCCAAAGCCAACGCCGCCUCGGCCGCCCUCAAACGCCUCUUCCUCGGAGUCGAGGCGGCCGCUGGGAAAAAUCAGCCAGCCGACUCGCUUGCUGAUCGGGACUGGGUUGCUCCCCCCCCCCAAUGAGUGAAUCAUCUCCCAAUGGCCUGCCAUCCUGCGCCAUGAUUGGGGGGCAGCUGUGAAAUAUUUCCAAAAAUGGAAUAUUCUGACUAAAAAUUGACCCCACCCCCAAC